GUUUUAAUGACAACCAGAAUCUCUCAUUUACCGUUUCGUAUAUCAACAGAACAACACACAUAUUUUCGAAUAGCCCCUUUCUACGUUGCCCAGGAAACACUCUGAUAUAUUUAUACAGUUGAACGAAAUCAUCUAGAUUACCUAUGCCACUGACAGACUUGACUAACACUGAAAAAGAAACUUUAAAAAGGAGUAACUCUGAAAGUGAGCAUGAUAUUGUCUUAAAUUUGGAUAUUCCCACAGACAAACCUAAGCAAGGAACAAGCUCUAGAUUACUACAUGGUAGAUUAAGCAGGUCUCUGCCAUCUACGUCUGGCUUGGUAUUUAAGUCAAUUCCCGUUGCCAAGCCAAGUACAUCUGAUCAGUCAGCUAAUCCAACUAAACCAUGUGGCGCAACUGCGAAUAAACGUAAAAGAAGCAACUCUUCAGAUUCAAGUAGCUCCGACAGUUCUACUUCGAGUAAAACGUCUAAGCAAUCAGAUGACGUUAAAACCAACAUUCCCGAGAGAGAAGUCUGGACCAAAAAUGUUCACGAGUUGAUCGACACAAUACCGCUGUUUCUUAAUAAGCGUCAACUGAAAAUUAAUUUAAUUAAUCACUUAAUUAAGUUGACGGAACAAAAAGAAAAUAUUUCGACUUACGCCAGAAAUUAUGAAACUAAAUUAUUGAAAGAAGCAAUUACCGCAAUAUUUACUCCUUAUGCAGUUUCAGCUUUCAGUACCCCGCCGAAGGACUAUCCAGAUUUCAUAACUAAAACAGUCAAGUACUCAAUGUGGUUGAAGCAAGUUAUAAAUAUGGGUGCUUCAUCAAAAUCAAAGUUAACACGUGAAAGAGAACGUUAUGAAGGAAUAAAAAGUGUUGCGUCCAAGCUAAUUUGUCUUGAGGAGAAAUUUGCUGUGAUCAAAGGCGACGACUACACUCUUAUUAAUACCACAACUGCAUUGAAAAAAAUUGCCAUGUAAUGUUAAAUUCAGACUUAAUUCAAAUAAAAAUGUUAACUUAG